AUGACACACACUAGUGCAAGUCAUUCAACUCAAACAGUUGCAAUUGUGGGUGGUGGACUCGGUGGUACUUUGUGUGCAUGUUUUUUCGCUAAACAUGGUAUUAAUGUUCAUUUAUUUGAAUUACGAUCAGAUAUUCGUACACAAAAAGUUGUUAAAGGACGUAGUAUUAAUAUGGCAUUAUCUCGUCGAGGUCGUGAUGCUCUUGCUUAUGUCAAUUGUGAGGAUGUUAUCGUUCGAAAUGGUAUACCAAUGCGUGCACGAAUGUUACAUGAUCUUAGGUGUCAUACAAAAGCAGUACCUUAUGGUACUCAUCCAGAACAUGAAAUUAUAUCAAUUGAUCGUCGUAUUCUUAAUGAACUUUUACUAGAUGAAGCAAGUAAAUUUUCUCAAAUAAAAAUUCAUUUUCAACAUAAAUUUAUCAGUUGGAAUCAAGAAGAAAAAGUUGCAACAUUUCAAAAUAAAUCUGGUGAUGAAGUUGAGUUUAAAGUCGAUGCUUUAAUUGGUUAUGAUGGAUGUCAUUCAACUGUUCGUGCAGCAAUGAUGAAAACCGAUAUAGUUGAUUUUUCUCAAGAAUUUAUUGAAAGUCAUUAUAUGGAAUUUUGUAUUCCACCAAAAGAUGGCCAAUUUGCUAUGGAAAUAAACUAUCUUCAUAUAUGGCCACGUCAUGAUUUUAUGUUAAUUGCUUUACCAAAUCAAGAUAAAUCUUUCACAACAACACUUUUUUUACCAUUAUCUAUUUUUCAAAAAAUAACAACAAUUGAUGAACUUUUAACAUUUUUUCAACAAUAUUUUCCUGAUGCUAUUUCAUUUAUUGGACGAGAAAAUUUAAUUGAAACAUAUUUUUCAUCAAAACCAUUACCACUUAUUUCAAUCAAAUGUUCACCACAUGUUUCAACAAACGGAGAUAUUUUAAUAAUGGGUGAUGCUGCACAUUCAAUGGUUCCAUUUUAUGCACAAGGAAUGAAUUCAGCAUUUGAAGAUACGUUAGUUUUAUUUGCUAAAUUAAAAGAAAACGAUUUUCAGUUAUCAAAAGCAUUUUAUGCAUAUAACAAAGCUCGUAUACGUGAUGUUCAUGCAGUUGUUGAUUUAUCAAUGUAUAAUUACCAGGAAAUGCGUCAUUUAGUGACUCUACCUUCAUUUUUUUGGCGUAAAAAAAUUGAUAAUUUUUUAUAUCGAUUAAUACCAAAAUGGUGGAUACCUUUAUAUACAAUGGUAACAUUUACAAGAAUUCCAUAUAAACGAUGUUUAGAUUUACGUCAACGACAAGAUCAAAUAUUAAAAAUGGUUCGUUUUAUUGCUUACUCUAUUACUGGAAUAUAUUUAAUCAAACAAUAUGCAUUUACUAUAAUAAAACCGAUAGCUACUAAAUUUAUUGUGCAAAGCAUAUUACCAAAAUUUGCAACAUGA